AUGUCAAAGCGCCUCGUGGUUUCAGGGUGGAGUGCCCUACGCCGCUGCUGGCAUGUGAAGACGCUGCUCCCCCGCUUCUCCACAAAUAUGCGGAAGGGCUAUGGGGAGCUCCCCAGCGAGGCGGAGCACAGCCGUUGGGUCAAACAGCGCGAGCAGCUCAGCGAGGAUCGGCUGGACAUUGAGGGCCACCCGGUGAUGCAGCGCUGGGAGACGCCCUACAUGGGCAAACUGGCUGAGGUCGCUACGCGAAACGGCGGCCGCGUGGUCGAGGUCGGCUUUGGCAUGGCCAUCAGUGCUACGGCCGUGCAGUCUUACCCCAUCGAGGAGCACAUCAUUCUGGAGGCCAACAGUGAUGUUUUCAAGCGGUUGGAGGAGUUUGCCAAAGCUGCAACCUCCAAAGUGACGCCCCUGGGCCCAGAUCUGUGGCAGAACUCCAUCAAGCACAUCGCCGACAGGUCGGUGGAUGGCAUCUUGUAUGACACCUACCCGCUGAACAAGGAGGAGCAACACACGCACCAGUUUGACUUCCUGCGUGAGGCGCGCCGCAUCUUGAAGCCCGGCGGCAUCAUGACCUACUGCAACUUGACAUCGCUGGGCGUGCUGCGACACGAGUACAACUCGUGGGAGGAGCUUUUCGAGGCCACCCAGAAGCCACACCUACUGGCCGCCGGCUACCACGAGGACGAGCUUCUAGUGGAGGCCUUUCCUGUAGAGCCCACGGCGGACUGCGAGUACUACUCCCAUAACACGGCCAUGGUGCCCAUCAUCCGGAAGCGUAGCUCCAGCCCCAGUGGUGCCUGUGGUGCCAUCGGCGGGCACGGAGGACACAGGGCCUUUUCGUCUUCGGCGGGCCUAAGGGGGCUCUCGUGGCAAGGGCGGCGCAGCUUCGGUUCUGAGGCGCGCGAAGUCCACGUCGCCCAGCACAAGGUGGGUCCCCAGGGCCAUGGCCGCAAGCUUAACGCGUGGACGCAGUGGGGGGAGCUCAAGGAGUGUGUGGUGGGUGUGGCCGACAACGCUUGCUUCCCACCUGUCCAGCCGGCCAUGAUCCCGGAAAUCAACGACCCCGUGCUGCGCAACGUGCUGGGGGAGUGGCCUCGUGGUCGCAAGUCUCAGCGUUGCAUCGACGCGGCCAACCAGGAGUUGGACAACUUGGUCAACGUGCUAGAGGGCGAGGGUGUGAAGACGCUACGGCCCGAGGUCAUGGAUUGGAGUCAGCCGCUCAGGACACCCCUCUUCGCUGUGGAGAACCAGUACGUUGCCUGCUGUGUGCGCGACACCGUCAUCACCGUGGGGAAGACGGCCAUCGAGGCGGCCAUGAGCCGCCGUGACCGCUACUUUGAGAUUUUGGCUGUGCGCCAGAUCUUGCGGGACCUGUGGCGUGAGGACCCAGAGAUGCUCUGGAAAGCGGCACCCAAGCCCAGCAUGGCAGACGACAUGUACGACCUCAGCUGGUGGGAUUGGACAGACGAGGAGCGCUACGAGCAUAUGCACAAGUACCGGUACUGCAUCAACAACGAGGAGCCGAUCUUCGACGCAGCAGACAUCACCCGGUGCGGCAAAGAUAUUUUUGUGCAACCCUCCAUGACCUGCAACUACGCGGGCAUCGAGUGGUUGCGUCGGGAGCUGGCCCCGCAAGGCAUCCGAGUGCAUUCGGCACACUUCCCCUACGACCUGGCACCCUCACACAUCGACUGCACUUUUGUGAUCUUGGGGCCACACUUGGUGCUCACCAACCCUGAGCGGCCCAUCGCAGACAGGGACGCCGAGUUCUGGAAGGAGAACGGCUGGCAGUUCGUCGACUGCGGCCAGCCAGACAACCCAGAGCGCCCAGCCUUCUCUCAAAGCUCCAAGUGGCUCAGUAUGAACAUCUUCGUCAUCGGCCCGGGCAAGGUCAUCGUCGAGGAACAGGAGAAGGGCCUUCAGAACCUGCUGAAGCACCAAUGUGGCUUCACGACUGUAAUCCCCAUUCCCUUCCGCAACGUCUUCGAGUACGGAGGGUCAUUGCACUGCUCCACUUGGGACACCCGCAGGGAGGACGACAUGGUGGACCUCUUCCCCAAGCAGCGCAACGACGACCCAGCGCUCUUCAAGCAGCACGCGUGA